GCAGUCGUGAAGAAGAAAAUGAGCAGCUUACUUGGUUUUUUUAGGGCUCAAAGGAGCAAAUGCAAGAAGUCCGUGGGUACAGGAAAAGGUACAACUGAAAUUUUUGUUUCCAAAUGGUUUGCUUUUGAACGGAUGAAAUUUCUGCUCGACAAAGACCAACCAAAUUGCACCCUAGAUACCGAAACUCGAGAAAUGGACGAUGGAGAAGUUACUGACCUAAAUGAAUCUUUAACCGAAGAAGAAAAUGUAACUAAGUCUGAUAAUAAUGUGACACAGCCCAAUGACCUGAAUGCGGAAGAGACAGUUGACUCACCAAACGGUACUGCUGCAGAAAAACCUGUACAUGGAAAAACUUCAAGUCGAAUAGCAAAGGAGCCUCAGAUUUUUCCAAAAAAACGUAAGGUAAACGAAGAUCCCAAAGUAGCAGAAGCUUAUAAAAUUAUGAAGGAGGCACAGGCCCGCAGUUCUAGACGAGAGAAAGCUGAAGAUCGGUUUGACAUCUAUGGGCAACACAUCGCGUCAAAAUUAAGAACCUAUUCUAAAAGAGCAGAAAUAAUGGUCGAACAUGCUAUCAACAAUAUACUUUUUGAAGCAGAUCUAGGAAACUAUGACGGGCCGUCUUCUGGAAGCUCUUUUCAGCAACAUAGCCUAGUUAGUCUUCCUCUUCCCAGCCCUGCCACAAGUCAGUAUACCUCUUAUUCCGACCCUCUAACAAAUACAUCAGCAACUGAGAGUAGUCAACCUUCAAAUAAUAUGGAUACAUCUGGAUACAAUAUACCAACUGCACAGAACUUGUUUGCAACUUUUAACCCUAUAACCUAUACACUAGAACAGCCAACAAAUACUUCUCAAUAAGUUUUUCCAGUUUUCAUUUAUAUGUAGAGUAGCGGCGGGUAAUAUGAAAUACACCGGCUAAUAUGGAAUACCAUCUAAUUGGCUAAACUUAUGCUGCCAUUUAUAAGGCGGUAGCAAAAAUAUGCUCGUCGUGAGUGCAGAUUUAUACCCAAAUACGCGCAUAACUCUGUAAUCGGUAAUCGUUGCACUGUACUGCACCUAGAAGAAUUUAUGACUAGAAUAGAAAACAGUAUUCCAUAUUACCCGC